CCUGCAACCUAUAAUCUCACGUAUGGCAUGUCAUAAUAUGACUCAGGUAUCCGUGUAGGCUUUCCCCCGUUACGUCGUACCGCUGCCUUACUCCUAUGCUUUUUGUCUUCUACGUCACGCCGCUGAAUCUAUCGACACGAUUUCAUCCGAACUCCAAUCAAUUACGGAACUGUUGCAUCUAAACCCACCUCUACUUGGCAUCAGUCUUCGCAAUGCCCACAUCAUCUACCAAUGUCGAUGCUUCCCCAUCCGCUAAAUUGAACGAUGAGACCACGCCUCUCUUGACCCACGUAGAUCCCACACCCAUAGAUGAGUCCGUCGAUCCUUCAGAGCAGCAAGAUUAUCUUGAAGAUGACGAUAACGACAAGAACAAACCACUACCCAAGGCGCAGAUCUUUCUUCUGUGUUAUGCCGUUUGCGCGGCGCCUAUUUCCUUCUUCUCCAUCUUUCCUUACAUCAACUUCAUGAUUGAGAGGGUAGGAGGUGUGGAUAAAGAGGAUGUUGGGUUUUACUCGGGAUUGAUCGAAAGUCUGUUCAGUGCCACGCAGAUGUGUGUCAUGAUUCUCUGGGGAAAGGCCUCUGAUCGAUAUGGAAGAAAACCCGUGCUAGUCAUCUCAUUGUUGGGGUUGACUGUCGCCACGGUUCUCUUUGGUCUAAGCAAAACUUUGUGGCAGAUGGCGCUAUUCAGGUGCCUGGGUGGGGUUUUUGCUGGAACAAUCGUCACUGUCCGAGCUAUGCUCUCCGAGAACAGUACCAAGCAUACUCAAGCACGAGCCUUCAGUUUCUUCGCUUUCGCUAGCAAUAUGGGGAUUUUUGUUGGCCCGCUGAUUGGUGGUGCACUCGAAAGCCCAGCGGACAAGUUCACAUCGACCUUCGGCAAGACGCAAUUCUGGCAUGAUUACCCUUACUCACUACCCAACAUCGUCGUAUCAGUUAUUGCCCUUUCUGCAGCGAUUACAACUAUGCUGUUUGUCAAAGAAACUUUGCAUAUCCACGGCGAUAGGAAGAAGACCGCAAAGUCUAACAUGUCUACAUGGGAGCUUGUCAAAUAUCCUGGCGUUAUGCGAGUACUUGUAGUAUAUAACUACGUGAUGCUCAUGGCAUUCACCUUCACGGCUGUCUUUCCAGUUGCCCAGUACACACCUAUCAGCAUGGGCGGUCUUGGCUUUACAACAGAGCUUAUUGCUGCGUGUACAGCACUAAAUGGAGCUUCUCAGGCAGCCUGGCUGCUUAUUGCAUUCCCUUUACUGCACAAGCGGAUAGGUACCGGUCGUGUGCUCUGGCUUUGUGCAUCAGCCUGGCCUGUUCUCUUUGUCGUCGGUCCGGUAUACAAUGUUCUACUUCGGUACGGGCAUACUACCGUUUUCUGGGCUACCGGACCACCCGUCAUAGUUCUCGCAAGUGGGGUUUCGAUGGCAUUCACUUGUGUUCAACUCGCACUUAACGACAUUUCGCCCUCACACGAGACUCUUGGGACGCUUAACGCUGUCGCACUUGCUGCUCAAAGUGGCAUUCGGUCCGUGGCUCCGGCUCUUGCAACUAGUGUCUAUGCCAUCGGCGUCAAGUAUCGUAUAUUGGGUGGUCAACUUUUCUGGCUUUGCCAAGUCAUUUUGGCAUUUGGCUUGUUUGGACUUCUGAAGCUGCUUCCUGCGAAGGCGAGAGGGGAUGUGAAACCAAAGCAGUCGAACAGUAGUGCUUGAUACGUCUGUUUAGUACAAGAGGUUAAAGAAGUUUCUAUUUGCACUGCCGUACCUGCUGACAUUGUCAAGGGCAAAAGAUUACAUGUCGUAUCUAUUUCUCCUUUCCGGUCAUCACAGACUCCAAUCUGUCUCUGGUUAUCUACCUAGCUGAUCUAUCUAUUCACUACUUGUCCUUCCCCUAUACCCUCGCUCUCUCGACUGGUACCUCAUUGAACUUCUCUGGCUAUAAUUUAUUGCACCUGCGAUACCUAGAUCGCUCAUUACUACCUCAAACUGGAAGUCAACCCUAACAAAUUGCUUGUAUGGAAGAGCGACGACUAUUGAAGACAACUUCGCCG